AUGAUUUCAAGUCCUUUACUAUCUACCAUGAGAGAAGACUAUCGAUUAGGUACACUCGAAGAGGACAGUGUAUCUCAGAACCCAUACAAACAAUUUGAUAAAUGGUUUCAAGAUGAACUUUCAUGGAAAACUGUUAAAGAACCAAAUGCAAUGCAUUUAGCUACUUGUACAAAGGAUGGUAAACCAUCAGGAAGAAUUGUAUUAUUAAAAUACUUUGAUCAAAAUGGAUUCGUUUUCUUUACAAAUUAUAAUAGUCGAAAGAGUCACGAGAUGAUUGAGAAUCCAUACGCAUCGAUUACAUUCUUUUGGAAUCAAAGACAGAUUAGAAUUGAAGGAACCGUUGAAAAGGUGACAAGAGAAGAGAGCGAAAACUAUUUCAAGACACGACCCAAGGCAAGUCAACUUGGCGCGUGGGUAUCAAAGUAUCAGAGCGCAGAGGUUUCACGAGAGGAAUUGGUCGAAUCACAACGUAGACUAGAAAAACAAUACGAAUCUACAGAAGUUCCAACACCAGAGUUUUGGGGUGGUUGGAGAAUUAAACCAACAUGUUUUGAAUUCUGGCAAGGAAAAGGUGGAAGAAUUCAUGAUCGUAUUAAAUACAAAACAAUUACAAACAACACUAUCAAUGGUAAUUCAAACAAUAUCAUUUCCACUUCUGCGACAGUUGAAAUUACAGAAGAUUUAGAUAAAUUGAAAAUCAUUUCAAAGGCAAACGAACAUCAUCAACAAGAAGAAAAAGAAAAUGGAAAAGAUCAACAAGUAAAAAAAGAUAGUGAUGACAAUGAUGAAUAUGGAAAAUGGUCAAUUAAAAGAUUAUAUCCAUAA